UAUUUAAAAAUGGCGGACGCAUCGUCUUCCGACACUACCUCAGAUUGUUACAAUGAUUGUUUCUCUGAUAUUUCAUCCGAGGUGCCUUCGGAAUACGUUGUCGUAGGCCAGAAGCCUUGUACGUCUCAUUGGAAUAAUAAAAGACACUUCUUGCAGAAAUUAUAUACGCGAGAGAUCAGAGGUUGUCUAUCGAUUCAUAAUUAUGCAGCAGAAGAAAGAAUGUUCAUAAAUGUACCUCCAUGGCGACAUUUGCAGCUUAUUCAGGUAGUUCCCAAGUAUGCUCUUGAAGCAGGGCAUAUAGUUAUGGGGCUGACACAAUGUGGUCAGUUUCUAUUGACCUACACGUACAGCCUGGAUGUCAGUGGUAAUAGUUCGAUGUACAAAUACUUAUUGCAUUGGUGGGCAUUUACCCCUAAUCACGUCUCCCGUAAAGUUGCCGAAGUUACCUUAUUUGGUAACUAUACCAUUUACAGAGAGCUUACUAUAGUUAUAUCUCAAUGGCCAAUGGAAAGAAGUAAGCUAGUCAUACAUGGUCUGUGUACUAACUGGUUGCAAUUGCAGCCAACGGAUAGAGCAUACUUAACGAUAACAACUGUACCUUCCCUCCAAAACUGCAGAGAUUGCCUAAAAGUUGCCGCAUCUUACGAAGAAGAAGAAUUGGCUGCUAGUUGGGACAGUGGUGUUCGUUGCAAUUGCUUACAACAUGGACUUACAGUUCACACGACAUAUGAAGUUAUCUCUCCAUACCCGCGUUUUCGGGCCGCAGUGUGUUUAAAGUACUGGAACCAUGUCGUAGUUAACACAGGGAACUUUUUACACGUCCUUAGGGUAGAUCUGGAUCUCUUAAAGACUAAAAAUCAAAAGUCCGUUGACAAACAAGGAUUUACAAUGCCUGACACAGUACCUUUAGAUGUAACAAGUGACAUCGAGGAGGCAGACGAUGCAAAAACUGAGUGCUCUGAAAGCUUGGACGACAAACUGAGUACAUCCGAUGGACAAGUCGAACGGUCACCCAAAUGUGAUGGACCUAACGAACAAAGCUUUGUCGACGAGACGAGUAAGUGCGAAGAGAAAACAGGACACGAUUUGCUGGUGCAUACCUCAAGCAGUGAUCAAAGCGAUUACAUCUGUGAUAUUAGUAAGCCUAGUGAUAGCUUAAGCGUUAAAGUGUGUCAAUGUGUGGAUGAUUGCAAGUGCCGUGGUACAAAUGCGAUCAGCUCUCGAGGAGAGCAGCAAGCAAUAUCGGUCAGAGAUAAGAUAUUGCAGGACUUUUGCGAUGAUCUCUCCCAGGAACUUAGUAUCGGUAGUGACUCGAUAACAUUAGUGAAGCAUCCCUCUUGUUCUCCACGCUCAACGCCACAAAGAUUGCCGUCCGAUCUUCGAUCUUUCACGUGGUCCUCGCCAAUAAUCAAUCCACCUUCGGACAUCCUGAGGACACGUAAUUCGGAAUCUAGUCAUGGGAACAUGCGUAUUCAACGUUCCAACUCCCCACAACCUGGUGUGUCACAGGACGCAACUGGAAUCGGUGUCACGUUAGUAAACCCUUCGCUACAUGCUCUUUCCGUAAGUCCAUCAUCCUCGUGUACCCCCCGAUUAAUGACACCACGUAUUACAAGAUCUUUUCGACGACACCCCAGUCCUCGCAAACGAACAAACCUUCAUUCCCCACCGCCUACUCUUCCCUCUCCUCAACCCAGAGGUCGAGCUACGCACAAACUCAUCCUCGAGGCUGAAAAAGCUUACGAGUUCACGGACGAGUCUCAAGAAACUUGUGAGAAACUCAGCUCGUUUCGGAAACGUAGACUAGCGGAUAAGAAAUAUGAAUUUUGCGACGAAAUCGAGGAUGCAGAGAAUAUAGUUCCUUUCAAACAUAUACGUGAUCAGUCCAAACACCCUGGUUGCUCUCUACAAGUGACCUCUCCGUCUGCCUCACCCUUGCCGAAUAUUAGAAAACAUCGCCUGGACUCGGAUCACAGCGAGACGAGUGAAUCCAAUCCUCAAGAUAACAAUUCAUCCAACGACUUCCAAUCUACUGACAGCGAAAAAUGUGUGCUGAGGCCCUUAAAUCAAAACCAACUUCCGAAUGGUGGGAUGUAUCGUGAUCGUUCCAGUAAACUAUGCUCAAAUGCUUCACCACUGGUCCCUAAAGUCUCGUUGCAAUAUCCCACCAUAAAAUGCACUGCACAUUUCAAACGAAGUUACAUAGAAAUGGAUGACGAAAUGGUGUCUGUCAUUACCGAUGUAGAAGACGACGAGACUGGUGGUUACGUUAGCUAUCAAUGCGUACUGCCAAUACAUGUUCACGGAUCUGGGUACGCACAAAUGCAAAUGAUUAGUAAUAGUAAAGCAGAAAAAAUGAUGGUACCUUGCGUGAUUGUACACCAGCUCAGCUUCGACAUCGAAACGUUUUCCCAUCACAUCGCCGAUUGGAUCUGCACAAGAUUCAAGAAAAAAUACUGGCACUGUAGUGAUUACGAUAUAGAGAUAAUCGAUGUAUGUUCACUUAGUGGUGACGUGAUAUGCCUGCUUAUUAUGAAAAUUCAAGCCAGCGAACUCUGCAAUCCAACACAAUGUUCGCAAGAAAGGAAGCUAUACGACGUCGGCUGCAAGUUCACGUGGAACAUAGACACAAACCAAUACAGAAUAACAGACGUGUUGCCAAUGUUAGAACUGAAACCAAAACCGUCAAAACUGCUUGAAGAUUCAAUUACUCGUGGUCCAGUGUGGAAUCCAGCAAAAGUGAUCGCACCAGCACUGAGAAAGAAGAUUCAACAACCGUAUGCGCGUACGGUACGAUUUUUGCACAACGAAAUAACUUUGUCAGGCGAGUCCAUCAUCAGGUUACAGGAUCUAGACAAUCUGGUGGAGUUUUAUGUCACGUCCCUGCCAAACUCUCCCUUAGUGUAGCCGGCGGUUGCCAACAAAUGAUACAAAUAAAUAAAUUAUUAAUUCUAA